AUGGAGGAGGAGGAUGUUCCGACGCUGAUCCAGACUACUGCGGUCGCUGAAAGUAUUUUGGACACUAAUGCCCCCACCGUGCCCCUGACAAUCAUCUGCGGGUUCUUGGGUGCGGGCAAGUCCACGCUGGUCAAACGCAUCUUGACCGAACGUCAUGGGUACCGCAUCGCGGUCAUUAUGAACGAGUUCGGCGACACUGCUGAUAUCGAAGCUAAAACGAUCAAUGUCUCUUCCGCUGAGGAUCCAAGCGCGCAGUCGGAAGAGUUUCUUGAGCUUGCAAACGGCUGUCUGUGCUGCAGCAUCAAGGACACAGGCAUCGCCGCGAUUGAGAAGCUGAUGCAGCGCAAGGGCGCUUUCGACCAUAUUUUGCUUGAGACCACUGGUCUUGCAGACCCAGGGCCCAUUGCAUCUAUGUUCUGGCAGAACGAGGAGUUCGCUAUGGGCUUGGGUCGAGACAUCCAUUUAGACGGUGUCGUCUGUGUAGUCGACGCAGUAUUUGGUCGACAGCAAAUGGAGGAAGACCAUUCAGAAGAGGGUAAGGGCGAGAGCGUCAGGCAAAUUGCUGGAGCAGACGUCAUCCUGCUGAACAAGAUCGACCUCGUCGUUCGUUCGCAGCUCGAAGAGACCGAGGACAUGAUCCACAGCAUCAACCCUAUCGCUACAAUAUAUCGCACGAUCAGGGGCGAAAUUGACCUUAAAAACAUCAUGGGAAUAGAUGCGUAUUCCUCACGUCCACUCACGCAAGUGCAAAGCGACCUGUUGCAUAUACAUCACCAUCAUGACCAUGACCAUUCGGACCCGGAUCACACCCAUGGCCCUACUCACUACGAGAUACGCGGCAUAUCCAGCCUGCAAAUCGACUGUCCAGUGAUCUCAGCAUCUCACAUAGAUAAACUCGACGAAUGGAUUAGGAGCGUCCUGUGGGAGCACCGGCUGCCAAGAGAGCCUGCCAAAUCCGAGCAAUCACCCGAGCCGAAGCUGGAGAUCCUGCGGUGCAAGGGGAUGAUUGUAACCGACUCGGGCGAUACAUUCGUCUUGCAGGGCGUGCGGAAUCUGUACGAGAUCACGAAGGUGGAGGACAGGGAGAUUGCGGAUGCGGGCAUUCCCGAUGAAGGCAAGAUCAUUCUUAUAGGGAAGGGGCUGGACGAGAAGGUGCGGCGUAGUUUAGAAGACGUUCUGCGGCUGUAA